UUUAAGAAAGGAUAUGGCUACUCAAAGUUCAACCUCUACCACAAAAGUUUCGACUAACAAGAGCUCUUUAAAACUUGCAGCAAUGAGCUCGUUAAUAGGAAUGGGUGGAACUUUAGCAGUCUAUCCCAUCUUGCACCCAUUCGAUGUACUCAAAGCAAACUGGCAGACUAAUCCUCAUCUGAAGAAUGAACUAGCAGUAGGAAGGAUGAUCAAGAGCACCAAAGGAGUUGCUGGGUUUUACUCUGGAAUUCUUACCAACUGCACCAAGCAGGUGUGUAAGAGCUCAUACAGAUACCCCCUGAUCUCUGGACUUCCAAGGUUCUACUCCCAAUUAUUUGGACUAGAUAUUGAAAAACACAAGUAUAAGCUAAAAAUGCUGACAUCUUUAAGCGUGACGAGUGUGGAAGCAAGUGUCAUUACUCCCUUUGAAAGACUGCAGGUGUUUAUCAUGACCUCUCAAAAUACGAAGUCUAACUACUCUGAUUUUCUAAAGGAAAUAAAAGGAAACGCCAGAAAGGAACUCUUCAAAGGGUUCAGCCCUUAUUUCGCACGUCAGAUAGUAGCAUGGACAACUUUAUUAUUAUCAGACACCUUUUACAAGAAUAAAGUGAGACAGUUUUGGGACAUCCCCAAAGACCAAAUGAUUACUGGCUACAAGCUGCUGCUAUGUACCAUGAGUGUAACAGUUACAACUAUUAUCAUCGCAAUGCCUUUUGACAACAUCAAGACUUACAUCCAAAAGAAUAGUAAAGAGAUGAGACCAGAAGGACACAAAGAAGUUGAUAAAGCAAAGGUUGGUAUCAGAAAGGCUGUCUCUAGGAUCUAUAAUAAAGGUGGACUCCUCGGUUUCUUCGUUGGAUGGAGACUUAAAAUGUGAACAUACUUCAUCACCUCCAGUCUGGCUGUCACAAUGAUCGAGUGGUUGGAUAACUUGCACAACAAGGCUGAGAAAUAAUCAAUAAUAUGCUUUAAUUAUCAUUGCUCUA